AGUGGAAUUAUUUUGUAUCGAGAAAUAGGUCCAGCUCCGUACGCGUCUAACGAUGAUGCAUGAUAUGAAAAGCAAUAGUAUCGCUCUGACAUGGUAUAAACUGGAUAUAGACAAGGUGUGGGCUCAGAAGCCUAUCAUGUGCUGCUUUACUUCCUCGUAUAGAUGUUAAUUAUUUUAUUUUCACCGGGUACUUUAAGAAUAAAAAAAAUUGGCUUUAUCGGAUAUUUCCAUACCUCCUAAGGACAAAACCUUAAAACAGACAGACAGGCUAAACGCCUGCAUUUGACAGUAUGCAUCCAGUCGAGAAAAAAUACCAAACUAUGACUUUCGUAUUUUGGCAAACGAAAUCUCACCUACUGUUUGUAUUUCUGAUGAUCAUCUUCAUCGCAACAGACACUUCUCUUGGAUCGGUUGAUGAAGAAGAACUUCAUAAUCACCUUCUCUCCAAAUACGUCAAGUUCGUCCGACCAGCAGAGAAUUUCACACAGCCAAUUAUUGUAAAAAUUGGGAUAUCUGUUUCUCAAAUUAUUGAUGUGGACGAACGAAAUCAAGUAAUGACAACGAGCUUAUGGGUAAAACAGACAUGGCAAGACUAUCGGCUUAAGUGGGAUCCACUCACUUACGGCAACUUGACUGUCAUCCAUGUCCCGGUCAGUGACCUUUGGAAGCCGGACCUGGUGCUUUACAAUAAUGCGAACGGCCCUUAUGACGUCAUUCAGCUCACGAAGGCGAAUGUGUUUUACAACGGUACGGUGUCCUGGGCCCCGCCAGCCGUCUUCAAGAGUGCCUGCGACAUUGUGGUAAAGUACUUCCCGUUCGACGAACAGACGUGUAAGUUGAAGUUCGGAUCGUGGACCCACGACUAUAGUUUAAUCGAUCUGGAGGCGCUUCACAAUCAAAUUGAUCAGGGCCAGUACUGGCCGAAUGCAGAAUGGGACAUCGUUGAAACACCGAUCAAAAAACACGUCAUGAAGUACGAUUGCUGCGAAGAGAUCUACGUCGAUUUAACUUUCAGUUUCGUCUUGCAUCGAAAACCGUUAUUUUAUAUCGUAACAAUGGUAAUGCCUUGCUUACUGAUUACUACCCUCACUAUUUUUAUUUUCUACGUCCCGCCAAACAGCGGCGAAAAAGUGACGUUGUGUACGUCGAUUCUUCUAGCCGUCAUUGUAUUCUUGCUGCUGAUAGCCGAACUAAUACCGUCAACCGCCGAAAAUGUUCCUCUGAUUGUAAAAUAUUUAUUGUUUACUAUGGCAAUGGUCGGAUUUUCAACGUUCAUCACAGUGAUAAUAAUUAAUGUCUUCCAUCGUGCAAGUUCAACGCAUACAAUGCCUGCCUGGGUCAGAACAGUCUUCCUUGAUUUCUUCCCACGAAUUCUUCACAUCAAACGCUCUGAGGAUGAGGAGCAGAAGAUUAAAAGACACGAGAAUUUGUCCUCCAGUACGGACUGUUUACUCGACACCAAGCCGCCGCUAGAGAAGAGAGAAUCAACUCGAUCUGAUCAAAAGUACCUCUUCGGUAUCUUGAGAUCGGGGUACAAUGCUCUGUGUUGCAAAUCCGAAACCCCACGAGGGCAGUACGAAAUGGGAGACAUGGGAACGAUUAAUGACGAGGAGGAUAUAACUGGUCGGGAUUAUCAUUUGGGUGAUACACUGCCCUCUAGUAAUGAUCCUUCCAAAUCAGCAAUCGACAAUAUUGAAUUUAUUGUUAACCACUUUAAAGAAGAAGAUGACGAUACUAAGGUCAAAGCUGAUUGGCAAUUUGUUUCCAUGGUAAUCGAUCGAAUUCUAAUGAUAAUAUACACGCUGGCAGUGUUCAUUGGUUCGGCAAUUAUAUUGUUGUCAUCGCCGUUGCUAUGGGAAUCGCAAUACUAUCAUGAUUAUCCAGACGUUAAAAGUAUGAAAGCUAUAAAUUUGAACGCACAGUACCCGUUACCUAUACUGGAAGGAACAUAGGGUAUCUGCAAGGCUAGUUAGGAGCGUCGGAACUACCUUUAAGAAUCCCGGCGGUCGGUUUUCCAAUUGACAAUGAAUGAAAUCUAUAAAUUUGACCACACAGUAUCCGCUACCUAUACUGGAUGAAACAUGGUACCUGCAAGAGUUAGGAGCGUCAGAACUACAUUUAAGAGUCUCGGUGGUCGGUUUUCCAAUCGACAAUGCCGUUUGUAUGGGACCACUGACAACAAAACAGAAACUUUUGAAAGGAGACUGGAAGUAUAUUCAUUUGGUGCCACUUAGGUCUACUUGUUAUCAGUUAAAUGGGUGGGCUGUGGGAGAUAAUAAUGCUAUAUUUAUCCACGUCCAAUUAUAAAAGCGCGGCGCUUCACAUCUUCUGAGAGGGGGAAAUGGAUCGGCCCGGAUUUUUUAUGACCUGAUGUCACUAGAAUGUUAGGCCCUUGGACUCUUCAACUGAAAUUAAAUCAUAAUGAAUUCAUCCCACCGCCGGCCGAGAUCUCAUGACACCUGCGCAGGCGCUUCUGCUAACCAUGUGUAAACCAUGGCGUAGAAUACGCAUCCUCAAAUUCAAGGCCUAAAUUAUCAAGUUUUGACUAAGCACCAUAAGUAAUAUCCUAGAAAUAAUGAUUGUAUUCCGCUAUUGGCGGGAAAAAGGAUUCAACUUAUAGUAUUAAAAUAACUAAUGUUGUGGCAAAUACUUAGAAAUGAAUUACUUUGGAAUUCACAUCGAGUGGUGAACACAAUGUGCGAUGUAUUUAUUCUGUACAUUUUAAUACAUUUUAUUAUUUUAGGGAGGUAUUUGAUAUAAUUUUAUUGAUUGUAACAUAACGAAAUACGUAUUGUAUGUUGAAUGUUAGUUUUCAUGUAUCUAAGAUUUUAUCUAUCGCUACGUAGAAUGGCUUUGGCAGGCGUUUAUCAGUGCAUGAAAUUAUCUAUAGAUCACUUUUCAUUUACAUAGCGACGAAAAAAGCGCAUGAUGCAGAUAUAAAACGAAGAGCGGCGAUAUAUAUUCUGUUGGCGGAAAGUUGAAGAUAAUUGGUUUUGAACGCCGCAUUUCGUUUCUCUGUUAGGAUGAAAUGCAUGGUCGGUUUUGAAGUUUUACGUAAUGAAAUGUAUGUAAGCAUAGAAUACAUUAGCCUAUAUAGCCUAUCCUAUAUAAGCCUCCUAUCAUCAUUAUAAACAUUGUAAAGUGUUACAGCAAAAGGUUUACUUACCGGUAUUUUUGCUUCCGCUAAGACAGAUCGAAAGCCCCACAUCUCAACCCCUCAUGUCAUUUGUGUAUCCGAUUUGUGAAUGCAAUUCUAUUAUAAAUGUCUUCGACAAAAAAACAAUUCCGAGAGUUCGAUGGGGUAAGGGCUGUAAGCAACAUUAAAGAUGUUAAAGAUCACUGUCUGUGAUAUUUAAAAAUAAAUUUAAAAAAAUAAAUAUUUGAAUGAGGAAAAAAUUCCCCUCAAACUUUUGAGAUUUUUCCGAUAUUUUUGGCACACAGUAAAUAAAUAUCUUUAAAAAAUGUACAAAAUAUUAUAUCACAGUGCCCUCGUUUUCAACAGCGCCCUCAUUGUUGAGAUUACAAGGGAACAAACAGUAUACGGUACUUUUAAGCAUUAAGUGAGCUAUAGGCCUACUCUUUACCAGCAUGUACAGUAUUAACCAACUAAUUUGUUUUGAGAUUAAUAAAGUAAAAAGGUCCACCAUAGCACCCUCUUAUAGUCUGCUUUAAUGGAGGAAGAUUAAUCCAAAUUUAAGUUUGCAUUCAUUUUAGACAGGUCAGUCAUGUGAGAAGGCUUGCCGUAGGCCAUACCGCAUCAAAGGAAAAAAAAAUCCUAUCUGAACGCCUACAAGAUAAUACUGUAAUAAACUACAUUCAUAUAGGAUAUGAACACAAGAAUAUUUUCAGUUGAUUCUCUCACGAGCUGACGUCCCAUUUAAUAUCGAGCCCGCAUUAUACCGUAAAACCUCAUAAUAGAAAGCCAUGAGCUUAUUUCUUUUAGUAGGCCUACCUUUGGAUGGCCUUCUUUUCAAGAUGGACCUCUUUUUUCGAGAUGGGCCUCUUUUCGAGAUUACGUUUGCAAACUAAAUAGGGAGGCUUCUUUUCAAAAUGAAUGCUGUAAAUUUUGGAAUUCCUACUAUACGACAUUUUUCAACAAUGGGAAUUCAACGUUGUUUUUUUUUUUGUUUUUUUUUAUUCUAACUUUCAACAUGAUAGUACAAUAAAAUACUAGUGAUACUGAUGACACGCUAUCAUAAUCAUCAAAUAAGACGUCUCGAAAUUUUUCCUUAUUAUGUUGAUUAGAAACCCAUGGGCUACCGUACUUUUCGAGAAGGGCUUCUUUUCCAGAUUACAGUACUUUUGGAAACUGUAGAGGGGGGUCUUCUUUUCUAGAUGGGCUCCUUUUCGAGGCUUUACGUUAUUGUAUCUAUAAGCCCUACCUGACGAAAUACAAUCCACUAUUUUGAAUAGCCAAGAUGAAAAUUCAGUAUAAUUAGACUUCCCGAAAAACCCGCCAUAGGAUACUUUUGCUAUUGUGGAAACAAUGUUAGACAUAAACAGGAAGGAAUGCAUUAAUGGUUGGUGGGACAAGCGUGUAUUUCUGGCUAUUAGGUAACACUUUCUUAUUGGUCAGUUGUUAAGUUUGAUUAAAACAUAUGAAAGGGCCAUUAAUAAACACGCACGUCUGUCCGGGGUCAACGCGCGUGGGCGAUGAAUGCGUCAGCAUGUGAGAAUAAUCGUGUGAAGAUAAAUGUAUGAAUUUUAAAAUCUAAGUACAAAUAACGUUUAUGAGGAAUCCAAUUAAAAUACCAUAGACCUACAUGAUUUUUGAAUUGGGUCGUGUGUAUGUACCUACAACCAGGGGCGGAUCCAGAAUUUUUCAAACGGGGCGGGGGGGGGGCCACAACAUGUUCAGAAUAGAUAAGUGAGAGCGCUAAUUUUAAUAUAUGCCUGGAAAUUUUAAAGUUUAGAGGCAAAACAGGGGGAACGUGCCCCCGUGCCCCUCUACUGGAUCCGCCCCUGAAUAAAUCAAACGCGUUACAUAAUGUACGUACCUAGAUUGUGUUGAGUACGAAUAGAAAAUAAAGGAAAUGUAACUUUAAAUGUAGGAGGUCUCUAGAUACUUCCUUUGUCAAAUAAACAGAUAAGCGAUAUUAAA